CAGCUUUAUGCUAGUUUGUAAGUAUAUGCUAGUGUUGUGUCUGUUGGGUCACUUAUAGAUAUAUAGUUGUGAAAACCACCGACUAUCAUUUAAAUGGCAUUAAAUACUCUGUGUAGAGUGUAUCAACAGUCUAUAAGAUAUAUAAGCAGUUUUUCGUCGCUACGAACCAAAACUACCUCCUAUUUCUACUCUACUGAAGCAAAAAGUAAACAAAACAAACAGUCUCCAGUGAAUUCAUGGAACGAAUGGGAUCCUUUAGAAGAAGUGAUUAUUGGUACACCAGAAUAUGCUACAGUACCUCACCUACUCCCUGAAGUGAAACCUUGUGCUCCAAGUAAUAAACAUGACUUCUACCUUAAAAAUGGUGGUAAAUAUUGGGCUGAUGUUAUACCGAAAGAACACUGGCAAUUACUGUGCAAACAAGUUGAAGAAUUGGUUAAAGUACUUGAACUCGAAGGGAUUAAAGUUGUACGACCUGACCCAGUAGAUCACAGAAAGUCAUAUAAGCUUCUUGAUUUUGAGACACAAGGUUUCUACUCUGCAAUGCCAAGAGAUCUUCUGCUGAUUGUUGGAGAUGAAAUUAUUGAAGCUACAAUGACAUGGAGGUCAAGAUAUUUUGAAUUUUUGGCCUAUAGACCGCUUGUAUUGAAUUAUUGGAGACAAGGAGCCAAAUGGACUGUGGCACCAAAGCCAACAAACUUUUCUCAACUGAUCAAAGACACUCCUCUUGGUUCUGAUGUUAGCGAUGAAGGUAGUCCAGGAUAUAGAAAAGUAACUACAGAGAAUGAGCCAUGCUUUGAUGCUGCAGACUUUAUACGUGCUGGACGUGAUAUAUUUGUACAAAGAAGUCAAGUUACUAAUUUGUCAGGAAUUGAUUGGGUAAGGAGACAUUUAGCACCCCGUGGUAUCAAAGUUCACCGAUUGUCAUUUGAUGAUCCUAGGCCAAUGCAUAUCGAUGCAACCUUUACUCUGGUUAAGCCUGGUAUAGCUAUACAAAAUCCUGACCGUCCUUGUCAUCAAGCUGACAUUAUAGAAAAAGCUGGUUGGAAAAUAAUAAAUGCACCGGAACCGAUGAUGAGAAAAGAUCAUGACAUGUGGCUUGGUUCAAACUGGUUAUCUAUGAACGUCUUAAUGUUGGAUCCUAAUCGAGUAAUCGUCGAAUCUGAAGAAACUGGAAUGCAGGAAUUGUAUAAAAGCAUUGGGGUUACACCAAUCCCAGUGAAACUUAGACACGCAAAUUCUAUUGGUGGUGGAUUUCAUUGUUGGUCAUGUGACGUAAGAAGAAAAAGUAAAUUGGAGUCUUACUUUGAUUGGUCAAAAGGUGAAAUACCUCUCAGUUGACAUAUGUAUGUAAAAUAGUGAAGUGACAGCAAUUUCAGGAAAACUUGUGUCAUUUUUCCCCUUGAAAUAACUUUGAAUAAUUUGAAAUGACUUCAUUUGACUUAUAAAAUAUUUGGAGAAGUAUAAUAAUGCUAGUUUACGCGUUUUCAAAUUGGUAUAUGGGACAAUGGACUCAGGAGGGAAUGUACACAUUCAAAUGUUAUAAUCUAAAAUUACUCUAAGGUCAUACAACUUGAAAUUGAACUGUUGGACACAGCUACUGUAAACUGCAUCUCUGCUCUCCCUUUGAUUCUCUAACCCAACCAAUGGUAAAUGAGAAGGAUGUCAAAUCAAAAACAACUGAAAAUAUUUGUUUCUCACCAUGAAUAAUGAUAAAUAGGACAAAAGCAUAUGUUUACUUGUGUAUUUCAGCAAGCUCGCCUUCAAGAUUG